AUGUAUUAUACUAAAAAUGUCGGGGCUGCUGCUCUUGGUAUCCAAGUGCUUUUUCUGUUUACUCUAUCAUCUUGCGUAUACGGAAACUGUAUAGAGGAAGAUUGCGUGUUUACUAAGUGGUCGGAUUGGGCUGGUUGUAUUUGCUCAGUAUGCGACGAAUCGGGCGAAACGAAACAAAGUUGCUUCCGAACAAGAGAGCUAGUAGAUCAUGCAGACGGAUGUCAUAGUGAGUGCGGCGAAACAUUCGAAUCUGGAUGCGUUGGUCAGUGUUGUAACGCGUUCUGUGCGGUGACGAGUUGGAACAAGUGGUCAGUAUGUAAAUGUUCAGGAGGCGAGUUUUCUGGGAGACAGUUUCGGAACCGAACGAGUGUAGAUGGACAAUGUUCAGUACCAUGUGAUAUAAUGAAUGAAGAGAGGACUUGUAAUGAUGUAUGCUGUCCAUUUGAUUGUCAACUUGGAGAAUGGAGUGACUGGUCAAAAUGCACAGUUGAAUGCGCUACCCAGGUAGGCUAUAGAACGCGCGAAAGGAACAUGAUACAGGGAUCAUGUGGUGGAUAUAUGUGCUCAAUGUUUGAUGCCUCAGAGGUAGUAUCGUGUAGCGGUGCAUGCGUACUAUCAGAUUGGUCUACCUGGAAUUGCACAUGUGAACCAUGUAUGGGUAACUCGACGGUUAUUUAUGAUCACUGCGUCCGAACAAGGACAAUUCCAGUCAAUUGUAAUGCUAAAUGUGGUGAACCUAUUGAGGAAAUUUGCUUUGAGGGAGAAUGCUGCGAUUCUGAUUGUGAACUGAAUAAUUGGAGUGAGUGGUCAGAAUGCUCUGCGCCAUGUGAUUCUGUAGACAUUGGACAGCAGACACGAACUCGUUCACACAUCGUUCAAUGCGCCGGUCGACCAUGCCAGAGUUUAGAAGAAUCACGUUUCUGCAACGCAUCAUGUUGUGCAAUCCAUUGCAGUGUUGAGGAGUGGGGUGAGUGGGCGGAGUGUACUGCACAUUGUGAGUCUGAUACUGGAACACAAAUACGUACCCGACACGUAAAUGAAGGUUCAUGUGGAGGAUCGAUCUGUAUCGAUGAUGAUUGGUAUGAUAUAAGAUCAUGCCAAGGAGCAUGUCGACUAGAUACCUGGUCGGAAUGGGUAUGUCUUUGCUCUCCUUGUGAUGAAAAUGAUCCGGAUAGUCUUCACAGGGAAUGCUCCAGACGGAGAAAUGAGAUACAUUCAGAAUUAUGUGAUGGCAGCUGCGGAAGUCUCGCCGAAUACAAAUGUCAAGGGGAUUGCUGCGACGAGUUGUGUACAGUAGGUGAAUGGAGCGAAUGGACAUUAUGUGAUGCACCAUGCGGAAUAGACAAAAAAGGAAAUACAACAAGAACACGCCAGCCCUCUGAGUCUUGCAUUAACGUGCCUUGUGAUAGCGUAUUGGAGAAAAAAGAAUGCUUUACAUCUCACUGUUGUCCGGAAAAUUGCAUAGUUCUUUCAUGGGAGUCUUGGUCGUCAUGUAGCAGUGAUUGUUCGGUUAACGAAGGUACUCGAGUAAGAUACCGUCCGUUUAUUCAAGGUUUUUGCAAUGGCACACUUUGCACAGAAGGAGAUCGUUUCGAGAUUGAAAGUUGUAAAGGCAACUGUAACAUCAGUAGUUGGUCGGAGUGGUCAUGUGAUUGUCAGACAUGCUCGAAACGAAACCAAAGCGUAUUGUACAACUACUGCUCAAGAAAUAGAACAGUUCCUGCUUCUGAAGAAUGCAGUUUUUGUAAUGAUUAUGAAACAAUUUGCAGAGAUUUUGACGAGGAGUGUUGUAAUUAUUCUUGUAUCGCAGAGGAAUGGUCCACAUGGACAGCAUGUACAGUAGGUUGUGAAUCAGAUGUGAAUGGCACACAGGAACGAACACGCCAAGUAAGUGGUUCAUGCACCGGUCGGCCGUGCUUUGAUGUCUUUAUUCAACGGCAGUGUGGGUACGAAUGCUGUUUAACAAACUGCACAUUAGGAAGUUGGGAGAAUUGGUCAGUUUGCAGCAGUGGAUGUAGUAGCAUUAUGGGCUCGCAAGUGCGAUUCAGAGAUAUUAUUCAAGGAUCAUGCGGAGGGCAAAUGUGCUCUGAGACAGAAGCAAUAGACGUUCGUAGCUGUUAUGGUAAUUGUGAGGUCUCAUCUUGGUCUCAGUGGAAUUGUGCGUGCAGCUCCUGCUCAUCUAGCAACCCGAGUCUCCAUAACGAUUGUCUGCGAACACGCACAGAGAUUAUUUCUAAUGAUUGCAAAGGUUCAGAUCCUUGUGGAAGUUUAUACGAACGCACUUGCUCUGGAAAUUGUUGUAAUGAGUUAUGUAAUAUAUUACCUUGGAGUCAGUGGACAGAGUGUUCAGCCCCAUGUAUGACAGGCACUACAGGGUAUGAGUUUAGGGAGCGGAGUAUUGAUGGUAUAUGUAUGUCAGAUCCAUGUGAAACAUUAUUUGAAAACAGAACAUGUGCUGCUUUGUCUUGUUGUCCUUUAAACUGUACCUUAGGCGAAUGGGGAAAUUGGUCUGCAUGUUCGAGUCUUUGUAAUGACGAAGAAGGCUACAGAGUGAGGUAUAGAGAUUACGACCAAGGUUAUUGUGGAGGCAAAAUGUGUACCGAUGAACAUUCAUAUGAGGUAGAUAUAUGCAGAGGUGAUUGUACACUGUCGCCUUGGAGUACGUGGGCAUGUAUGUGUGAGUUAUGCAAUGACGGGGAUGCCAAGUUACAUGAAUCGUGCGUUCGAGAAAGGUUUCAUGUGGUUUCUGAUAACUGUAUAAGUACAAAUAUAUGUGGAGCCUUGGAAGAGUACGGAUGCUUUGAUGUGUGUUGUGACGAGUUCUGUGCCGUGAGUGAAUGGGAGGAAUGGAGUAAUUGUAGUGCUCCAUGUGGCACAGACAUUAUAGGAGAGCAAACCAGAAAGCGUACUCCUAUUGGACUUUGUCAAAGUGAUCCUUGCUAUAAUUUAACGGAGAUUAGAUCGUGCCUUCCUGGGUGUUGUCCAGUAGAUUGUUGGAUGGAUGAGUGGAGUGAAUGGUUCUCGUGUUCAACAUCUUGUCAACAUGUCACAGGAAUACAAGUACGUGCAAGAGAUAUAGAGCAAUCGUACUGUGGUGGAAUAAACUGCACACUUGACGACAGCUAUGAAACACGUCCAUGCCACGGUGAAUGUGUACUCUCAGAAUGGUCGUCGUGGAACUGCACAUGCUCUAUUUGCGAUUCUAAAGAUAUCAAUCUGCACGAGGAAUGUUCUAGAACACGUCUUGAGGUCAAUCCUGAAAUAUGUAAUAACGCAUGUGGUGAAUUAUUGGAGAUUACGUGUUCUAAUGACGCUUGCUGUGACGAAUAUUGUGAACUGAGUCAAUGGUCUGAGUGGUCGGAAUGCGAUGCUACUUGCGGAACCAAUGUGACUGGAUUCAUAACCAGAACAAAGCAACCCAUAGCGGCGUGCUUUUCAAAUCCUUGUGGAGCUGUCUACGAGUCAAAAGAAUGUUUAGGUCCAGAAUGUUGUCCCACAGAUUGCCAAAUGGACGAGUGGGGUCUAUGGUCAACAUGCUCAUCGUCAUGUUCUGACAAGAGUGGUUUAACAUACCGCAUUAGAAAAAUAAUUCAAGGGUCAUGUGGUGGCGAUCUUUGUACAGAGGAUGCUGGGAUUGAAAUUUCUUCUUGUUAUGGAAAUUGCUCUCUUAGUGAAUGGACAGACUGGGAUUGUAAAUGUGACUUCUGUGAUCAAAAUGGAAUCUUGAAACAUGACUGCAUUCGCCAGAGAUAUGAAAUUGAACCAGCUUACUGUACCAACGCGUUAUGUGGAUCGUUGGUUGAACGUGUGUGCUCUGAUGAAUGCUGUGAUGAUUUUUGUAUUUUGGGUGAAUGGUCAGAUUGGUCAUCUUGUAUUCUUGAUUGCAAUACGAGCAACGCUGCUUUAAAAGAACGACAAAGAGAACCUCUUAUUUGGUGUCUUGCUCCAUCUUGCAAUUUGACUAUCGAUACUUCCGUCUGCAACGACUCUUGUUGCCCCGUAGACUGUUUUCUAGGAAACUGGAAUGAGUGGUUGCCAUGCUCAUCGAAAUGCUCUGACUCGUUGGGUAUACAAACUCGUGAAAGAAGUAUGUUACAGGGAACAUGUGGUGGAAUAAUAUGUUCUGUGGAAUCACCAUAUGAAACACGAGUUUGUUAUGGUGAUUGUGAGGUAGGUUCUUGGUCUGAAUGGGAAUGUAACUGCAAAUAUUGUAAUCCAACAUCUCAGAGUAUGUUUAAAAACUGUACACGAGAACGAGCAGAGAUACUAGAUGACUUUUGCAAUGAUCAUUGUAAUACCAUAGAAAUAAAAUGUACGGAUGCCUGCUGUGAUGACUCAUGCCUUGUACAUUCAUGGUCGGAUUGGACUGAAUGCACUGCAUCAUGCGGAAUGAACGGUACUUCUUUACAAGAAAGAUUUCGUAAUUCAUCAUUUGAUUGUGUUGGCCUACCCUGUGACGAGUUGCAUGAGACACGUAUCUGUUAUAGCUCAGAGUGCUGUCCUGUUAACUGUACAAUCGGUGAUUGGUCGCAGUGGACCGUAUGUUCAGCGCAGUGUUCCGGGGAUUACGGCAUGCAGCAUCGUGUACGCGAACUACAGAACGGAUCAUGUGGGGGAACUGUCUGUGACCCAUCUGAAAACCAGAUAGAUAGAAGGUCAUGCACAGGAGAAUGUCAGGUUUCAGAGUGGUCUUUGUGGAGUUGUGAAUGUGGUUAUUGUUACGGUUACAACUAUUCAAGGCUAAAUUGCAAUCGACACCGAUCAAUUAUUGACCAAGGAAUCUGCCUAGCAACAACGUGUAAUCUUGAAGAAAUCAUUUGCGGUGAGGUAUGUUGUGACGAACAAUGUGUCCUCAGUGAGUGGAGCAAUUGGUCAAAUUGUUCCAAGUCAUGUGACACACUUGAACCGGGAACAAUAUUCAGAGAACGCUACAUUAUUAAUGAAUGUAACACUGACCCAUGUGAUGUAAUGUACGAAGAGGAGGAGUGCUAUCCAACUUGCUGUCCUCAAGACUGUGAAAUUGGGAGCUGGAGUACAUGGUCGCAAUGCAGUGUGCUUUGCUACUUUGAAGUCGGAAUUUCUUAUCGAACUAGAGAAAUAGUGAAAGAGAUUUGUGGUGGACGAUCAUGUGACCUAAAUGACACCUAUGUAUACCAGGUUGAACAAUGUUCAGGCUCGUGCGGAUUUUAUGAAUGGAGUGACUGGACGUGUGAGUGCGUUCCCUGUAACACAACUAGUGACAAUCUGUACCAAAACUGUACACGGACAAGAAACGAGACCAGUCCAGAUACCUGUAACGGGAGCUGUGGCUACACAAUUGAAAGAAAGUGUAUGGACCAAUGUUGCGAUCCUGAUUGCAGUCUGACAGAUUGGAGCUCUUGGGGUUCAUGCAGCUUAGAAUGUGGUGUGACAGGACAAGGUUAUCAAAUGCGAUAUCGGACGGUUAACAAUGCCUCAUGUGUAGCUGAUCCAUGCGCUCCAUUGAUUGAAAAGCAAAGCUGCUUUUCAGAAUGCUGCCCAGUCAAUUGCUCUAUAAGCUCUUGGUCAAACUGGAGUAACUGUUCUACUCAUUGUUCCACCGAAGUAGGAAAUAAGCGUAGAUAUAGAACCAUAGUUCACGCUGAAUGUGGUGGAAUUGAAUGUACUGACUUUAAAGAUGAAGAAAUUAUUGAGUGCAGUGGUACGUGUAUGUUAUCAGACUGGAGUUCAUGGUCAUGCGCAUGCUUUGUGUGUAGCCAAGAUGAUCAACUUCUCCAUAAUAUGUGUACGCGAUUUAGAGAUCAAUCUCAAGAAUGCAUCGAUUUUGAAUCCUGUGGCACCCUUCAAGAAGAAUAUUGCGGUGAAGAAUGUUGUGACAACUUUUGUUUUGUGGGUGAAUGGAGUACAUGGACAGAAUGCUCAUCACCAUGUGACAGUGAAACUAUUGGAUCACAAAAUAGAACGAGGCUUCAGAUAUCACAGUUUUGCUUGGGACCUCCGUGUGAUGAUAUGUUUGAAACUAGAUUGUGCAACUCUGCCUGCUGUCCUCGGGACUGUAUGCUUCUAGAAUGGAGCGAAUGGUCGGAAUGCUCUUCCGAUUGCUCUGCGUUAAAUGGGACAAGAAGCAGAACACGUGAUUUUAUUCAAGAAGCAUGUGGAGGUAUUACCUGUGAUGAUGCAUUACAGGAUACAGAUACGUGUUCAGGUGCAUGUGUUUUAAGUGACUGGACCUCGUGGAGUUGUCAGUGUAACUUCUGUUCGUCGGACGAUAUUUUACUAUCUGAAAUUUGUUCCAGGCAACGUACAGAGACGAAUGCCAAUUGCAGCGGCCAAUGUGGUGAUCUGACCGAAAGUACUUGCGGAGAAGAAUGUUGUGACGAGUUUUGUUAUGUUAAUGAAUGGACAGAGUGGUCUGCAUGUAAUGCUACAUGUGAAGAGAUUAUCAAUGGAAUACGAGUUCGGACAAGAGAGCGACAAUCAGGCUUCUGUCUUGGUAAACCUUGUGAAGAGAUAGACGAAUAUGAGCUAUGCUCUAUUGAAUGUUGUCCCACAGAUUGCAAUGCUGGUGAAUGGUCAACCUGGACCGAAUGUUCAACUUUGUGCACUCUGUCUACGGGGAUUCAGUUAAGAACAAGAAAUAUUACAGAAGCCAAAUGUGGGGGAAUAUGCCAGAUAAAUUUGAAUGAAAGCGAGGAAAGAAACUGUACAGGAGAUUGUCAACUUAGUAACUGGAGUUCCUGGAGAUGCUCUUGUGUAUUCUGUAAUCCCCAAUUAUUUACAUUGUACAGCCUCUGCCAACGGACUAGGACCGAACACGGUGUAUGCAAUGGUGAAUGCGGAGAACUGAUUGAAGAAGAAUGUCUUGAGCCAUGCUGCGAUGAGUUUUGUUCAACGAAUGAGUGGAGUUCGUGGAGUAAUUGUAGUAAUGGUGUAUCUAUACGGAAUAGAAAUGUGAUAUCGAGUUUUUGCGUCGGUGACCCGUGCGGAGGAAUAAUGGAAGAAAAGAUAUGUCUAGACACCUGCUGUAUGUACACAGAGUGGACAGCUUGGACUAACUGUUCAACUGCAUGCGCUGAAAAUGUUGGAACUCAGUCCAGAAUUAGGUUUACAGAUAGUUCAUGUGAAAAUAAUGUUUGCAAUGGUACAACUGAAGAAAAUCGAUCCUGCAGUGGAAAUUGCCAGCCUACCGCUUGGACUUUGUGGCACUGUACAUGUACAUUUUGUAAUCCAGACUCCCAGGUUCUCUUUAAUGAUUGCCGUAGGUCUCGGAAUGAUGAUAUUAAGGUAUGGUGUUCAGGAGCAUGUGGACCAAUAGAGCAAACAAACUGUUCGGUCGAAUGUUGUGACGAAUUCUGUUUCUGGUCGGAAUGGACAAACUGGUCUGAAUGUCAACAAAAUGAAAGAACGCGCACGCGAAGCCAAUCAUCAACUUUCUGCAUUGGGUCACCCUGUGGGUCUCCUAGUGACAUCGAAGCGUGUAUUACUCAAACAGUAGGGAACUUGACACAGACGAUUCCAGAAGCGACUACAGUAAAUAUUACGACGCAUUCACUGAUCGACCAAUUUAGUAAUAUAUGUGGUUCUAUAUCUUGGAGCACAUGGAGUGGAUGUUACUCACCUUGUAAUGAUGUGAUUCCGUAUCAAUAUCGUAAUCGACAGCUGGUUCCGAGGAUGUGUAACAUUAGCCCUUGUAUUGAAAGCGAAGAGGAAACGCGACUUUGUCAGGGAACCUUUAAAUCACGAGAAAAAGUGGAGUUUGAUGUACACCAAAAAUUGGCUGCCCUGCAUAAUGCGUCAACUGAAAAUGCUGACACUACAAUAAGCAGAUUCUUUUCCGUUUUGAAUAUGAGAGAAAGGAUAUUGAUACACGACAAACAUCUCGCCGCUUUUGGAUAUACACUGGACGAAUACCUAAAAAAUGUUUCUUCAAGUGACACCCAUGCCUGCAUCAGUAUGCUACUGGAAAAUGCCAUGGAAUCCAUGGUGCGGCUUCUGCACAAUCUGACUUCAAACACAUUCGACGCAGAAUCGGUCCUUGAGAUAAUGAUAACUCUUACCAGUCAGGAAAUAUCAACCGUACAAGAAUCAUUCCUCCAAGAGUACAAUGCGAGUAUCCAUUCAAAAAUUGCAACAAGUGGAAAUACUACAACUCUGGAAAUAUUGAUAUUGUCCUUGUUCAUGGGAAUGCGGGCUGAGACGACAGUAGCAAGCGCCUCACAAAUAAUUGAAGACGUGAAGUUGAUUACAGAAGGUACCGACGUAGAUGUUCAAAGUGUUCUCGUUAUCCGAAGUUUUGAAGACAUUCGAAGAAUUUACGAUGAGUUUGCAUCAUUACAUGGUGAUCUAAUUGAAUUCUUGGCUAGCGAAUUGGAAGAAGUUUAUACGAUUGGAUACAUUAAAAUUGUUGAGUAUGCCAGGAGCAGUGUUGAUUACUGGGCAGCCGUUAUCCAUCGCUUGGUAAACGUAACGCCAUUUCCAACGCGUCAACUUACGCAAAUACUCGCACAGCGAGCAGAGGUAAUUCAUGUAACUGUAAUUAUUUAUAUCUGAUCUAAAUUGAUAAUGUAUCGUCUAAUUAUGGAAUUGUAUUAGUUAUCAAUAAUGAAGUCCUCAUGCAUGUAUCACUGACAAAAAGGAGCUCCAAAAUAUAAUGUUUGUAUUUUAAAGUUGUUACGCUAUGUUUAACGUUCAUCCAUUGAUAUUAUUCAUGGGAUCAAUCAAGUCUUUAACUAUAUUAUUAAUUACUGGUGUUGGAGUGAUAACAGAUCAUUGGAAUGUGAUUAUUCAUAAGACAGUAAUGAUAAUACAUAUUCAAAUAAACCCAAUAACAUUUAAAUGAUAAUAAUAAGGUAAAUAAUAAUAAUAAUAAUAAUAAUAAUAAUAAUAAUAAUAAUAAUAAUAAUAAUAAUAA